CAAGGUUAGGAAGUUUGAACGGAGAGAGAGAUGCUGCUGUCGGUGUUAACGGCUGGAAGCUAAAAUAAAACGUUAAAAAGUGGAGAAGGUUUCGCGUGCGAGUCCGUCGCGGGGUCUCUUUUGUCCCGGAACCACCACCAUGGUUCAGCAGACCCAACAUGGCGGAGCGAGGAUCAACAGGACCGGCCCGGAGGAGAGCGAGCUGCUGGCGGCCUCGACGCGCGGCUCCGCUCCUCUGAAGAAGCCGGACUGGUGCAAAACCGCGAAGGGUCACAUCAAGAGACCCAUGAACGCCUUCAUGGUGUGGUCCAAGAUCGAGAGGAGGAAGAUCAUGGAGCAGUCACCGGACCUGCACAACGCGGAGAUCUCCAAGCGGCUCGGGAAGCGCUGGAAGACGCUGAGAGACACCGAGAAGAUCCCGUUCAUCCGGGAGGCGGAGCGGCUCCGGCUCAAGCACAUGGCCGACUAUCCGGACUACAAGUACCGGCCCAAGAAGAAGCCCAAGACGGACGGCUGCUGUGCGUUUCCUCUGGGGAAUCCGUCCGGUAGAACCGUUAAUAAAAGCCACGCUGCUGCCGCGAAGAAGCUCUCUAAGAGUAAGAGCAGCAAGCUGACCACCGGCAGCUACAGAGCCAGCAAGCUGCUCGUUAAACGGGAGUUUACCGACUCCGAGGAGGAGGACGAAGAGGACUCCGAGGAGGAGCGGGAGCUUAAAGCCGAGGAGGAGGACCAGCCGAUCGGCUACUGUUUCUCCAAGACGCCGCCGACCCGCUUGAGUCAGAGCUCCGCCGACGUGUACGAGCCGUCGGGUCGGCUCUUCUACAGCUUCAAGAACAUCACCCGGCAGAGGAGCAGCACCUCCUUAUCACCGGCCUCCUCGUCCCGGUCCUCGUCCUCGGAGGACCUGGACGACCUCCCCGCGGAGGAGAGUCUGCUGGCCGGCUUCUUCCACCACCACCACUCCUCCUCCUCCUCCUCCUCGGAGCCGUGGAGCUCCUCGUCCAGCUCGGCCAACCUGAGCCUGUCCCUGGUGGACAAAGACCUGGACUCGUGCAGCAGCAGCCUCGGGUCCCACUUCGACUUCCCGGACUAUUGCACCCCGGAGCUCAGCGAGAUGAUUGCCGGGAGCUGGCUGGAGGCCAGCUUCUCGGACCUGGUGUUCACUUAUUGAUCAGGGGGUCUGGGUCUGGAGCUCCAGAGCCAGUCAGGGAACGGGUCUGAUGGGGGGGAGAGACCCGGUACCCGGUACUCACUGUGGUACUUCUGCAAAAAAAAUCCAAAAAAAAAAAGAUCCCCUCAACAGGGUUUUAUGGAUUUAGUUUUCUGUUGCUCGGGUCUGAACCAGAACUAGAACUAUGCAUUCUAAUGAAGUCUAAUAUCAGGAGAAACCUCAUUAUUUACCCCCCCUGGACCUGGACCAGGACCAGGACCUGGACCAGGACUACUGCUGCAGGACUCUUUUAUGUGACUCCUCUUUAUUUCACAUGUCGGGUUGCCAGGUCUGAGGCAGAACCCCCUAAACCCAGCAGACAUUUGUUUUAUAUGACAGAACCAAACAUACCUCAUCUUUCUAUUCUCAGAUUUAAGUAUUUUUGUACAUCAAAGGGUCGAGCUGUGUUUUUCAGGCACUUCUUCUCAUUGUGACUGACGAUGACGUCAUGAUUUGUAACUUGAGAGCAUGCGAGGGUUCGAAUCCCGGCCUGCCUUGCUUUACCGCCUGGCUGUUUUAAAGUGUGCAGACAGGAAGUAGCUGGACCGGGUUGUUUGUGUGAAGACGUUCAGGACUUUGUGUUGUGAGCGAGGAACCGGAUGUUUCUGUUUUUAUCACAUUAACGCACGUUUGUUUAUUUUGUGCUCAUUAUUUUUGUGCAAUA